UAUUAAAAUACCUUUAGUACGCGGAGGUUGUUCAUCUUCUCUUCUGGAGUUUAGAAGAUAACGCAAAGUGCUGCCUGGCUGUGUGUGAUCAUGAGCGUUACAAGUUCCGCCUACAGUAAAAUAAAAUGAAAACUGUAAAUCGCACAACAAGACAAACUAUCAUUAAACAUUAUGUAAAGAAAGUUUAACUUUGAUCAAAAUGUCAUUUAUUCUCCCUCUUAUCACAUAUUUAAAAUAGCCUAUUUCUGUUUUUUUAAUAAAAACGUAUUCACAUUUACAAUAUCAUAUUAAUGAACAUUUUAUUAUUACAGAUCAUUUUUCACAUAUAACACAAUAAUGCAUCUAGUGAACCAACCUAGAUUUUCCAACACACACAGCAAAGUUAAUGUUUGAAAGGCCUUUGUCUGACUAUGCAUCUAUGAAGCAGCAAUCCUGCUGUUUGUUAAUUAAAAUCUGCACGGGAUAAUGAGCUCCGGUUGCCAGGGGUUACAGGAGAAAGCUGAGCUGCGCGAGCGGGGGAGACCCCGGGAAAAGUGACGUCAGUUUGCAGAACUCUUGUCUGAACGGGACAGCUGCUGGAGGGCCGAGACGCAGCUUGUUGGGUCUGGACGCAAAGGCUCUGCAUGAACACAGAUUGGGUAAUUUUUGAAGGGCGACAGGUUCCGAAGCUGCUUCCAGAAAGAGACGGAAGCGCUGCGCAUCUCCAGCGGUAUAAGCUCCCCUCACACCGCCUCGGCCGCGGCGCGCGCCUCGGCGCAGGAAACAGAGACUCAUGACCAAACUCUGCGACUCCGGGUUUGAGGAAGAUUUGGUUUCCUCUCCGGUUUUAUCACGCAGAACGCGAGCAGACGCUUCCCACCCCGGGUCAGAGGAACCAGAACCUGCAGCAAGACAGCUGUGCAACUGGUACCUUCAGUAUGGAGACGUGGGUUUCAAGAUCCAGAAAGAGAAGGAGCUGCUGUUUCAUCCCUGCAAAAGUCUGGCUCGCCAACCACAACUGACCCCAGAUGCUCGCUGUAAACUGGUCAGCUGGCUCAUUCCCAUACACAAACACUUCCGGUUGUCCUUUGAGUGCAGCUGCCUGACGGUGAACAUCAUGGACCGGUUCCUGGCUUCCACUCCCAUUGCUGCUGACUGCUUCCAGCUCCUGGGUGUCGCUGCACUCCUCCUGGCCUGCAAGCAGGUGGAGGUGUGCUCUCCGUCAGUCAGUCACCUCUUGUCGUUGUGCUGCGAUGCUUUCACAAAGGAGCAAUUCUUCAACCUGGAAUGUCUCAUCCUCCUCCGCCUUAACUUUCGACUCUCUGCACCUACCUUGGCCUUUUUUCUGAACUAUUUCACAAACUGUAUUGAUGCUCGGCUUGUUAUGAAGAACAAUAGCAACAAAAGUGUUUUAAAAGAGAAUUCAGGUGCAGCAAAGACCAAACCGUGCAGGAAUCUUGCACAAAAGAUGUGUGAACUGACACUAGCAGACUACGCUUUUAACAAAUACCCACCGUCUCUGACAGCAUGCUGUGCUCUAAUAACAGCCUGUGAGUUACUGAAAACUGAACGCACAACCCUGCAGCUGCAGGAAACCCAUUUGGAUACACAUAGUGCACAAUUAGUUUCUGUCCAAGAGAGCUCAGCGUGUCCAGAAGCUGAUUCUUUGGGAGAGAUGGAGCAUUUCCUGUUUCCAGAUGAGGGAGGUUACAGCUACACUCUGGUCCAGGAGUGCAAAAGCAACCUAAAGCUGCUGGUGUCACUGAACCUGGGAACUCUGGAGUGGAUGUCAGCCAUGUAACUCAGCGAUGUCCAGACUUUUCAAGAAGAGGGCCAAAAAUCAUCAAGUUGAUGGUCCUCGUGAGCCAAAAUUUAGGUUUUUUUUUUUUU